AUGGCGGAUUUUGGGUAUCUUUCGGAUACAGACGAUUCAGCAGUGGAAGAGCUUGUUUCGCAGGCGAAGGAGCUUUCGGCUUUGGAGCAAGUAGCUGCAAUCAAUUGUUCUGGCUUCACCGACUCUACACUUCCUGAUGAUCUCGAAACUCGCUUCCGUCGCCUCAAAUCUCUUCCAGCUUCACGACCCGACCCGGUCUCGUCGUCAUCGUCGAAGACUAGGAAGAAGCAUCUCGCGCAGUCCAAGAGCGUCGCGGGUCACCCGAAAGAAGAGGGAAAUUUCUCCGGAAACCGACGAAAUCAAGGUAUAAAUGGUGGUUUUGAUGAGGAUUCGAGGAUUUUCUCGGCAGAGAAACGCGAUCUGGGUGUGAAAUCGGGUACUGAGAAAAGUUCGAGAGCUGGGCUUGUCUCAGAUGGAAGUGGAGACUUCUCGGAUUCUGGAAACAUCGGCUCGAGCUUAUCGAGAGACAGUAAGAUUUUUUCGCCAGCUAAACAAACGGAGAAGCUUCGUAAAGAGAAACGCAGGAUCGGAUCAUCGUCUUCAUCGUCUCCUAUUGGUUUAGCAACGCCAAAAUCGUCGGAUUCAGAACCAGAAAAGAGAUCGAAAUCAAAAUCGAAAUCCAAGUCUUCGAGCUCAUGGUUAAAUAAGUUAUCUCCAUCAAAAAUCAUCGGAUUCAUUUGGCGUUCACCGGAAAAAUCGUCCACCAAGAAGAAGGAUCUGAAAAGCUGCAAAUCGUUUAGUACUGCUGCUUACUCCUCUGGCCGUGAGAGAGACAUCGACUUCGACGAGUUCUUAUCUGACUUGAAUGCAUUUUCAGUGGAAGAUCAGAGGAAAAUGCUGAAGAAAGCACUCAAAGAACAACAGAAAAUGCGGAAGGAAGCAGCUGAGAUCAUCAAAAUGGCGAAACAAGCUUCAGCAAGAUUCGAUUUUGAUGAUUAA